AUUUAUGUAGUGUCGAUGCCUAGAUGCAGAUGGUGCCGGCUGUAGAUGCACAAUCGGCCGAAAUGUACUUGCUUUUUAGUUUUCUCAUCUCGUCAAUCAGCCGUGUGCCUUCGCGCUUAACAUUUUCUUCUCGUGGCAAUCUACUCCCACUCACCUUCCAGCUAAAAUAAGUUUUCUUCGCGACGAUCAUUUAUUAUUGUUUAUCUGAACAUCAAACUUACCUAUUAUUCUGCACAUACAACAUACAGCAACUGACACAUAUUAGAUUCGAAGCUCGAGAAUCUCGAGUAGCUCGACCAGUCUUUUUUCUUAUCUUUUUUUUAGCCCAUAAAGCAAGAAUAUGUCCAGUUGAAGAUAGCUUACAUGGAUCCUCUAACUUCUCCCCGGCAUGGUGCUAUUCCAGCAGCGCCUUAUUCUAUGCGUCCUCCUAGCCCUCCUUCUAUCAUGAUUCCCACCCCCACUCUACAUUGUGCAAAUGAGCAUAUCAAGAUCGUGCCAACUUACGAAAAGGUCGACCCGGCUUCACUCAGCGCCGAUGACCUUAAGAUUAUCACCCAGAACUAUAAAGAGCAGCUAGCUCAGGACUCGGCUCUUAAUUGGGCAUAUGAGAACCGUCGUGUCGCACAACCUGUCCUCGACUUCCUCUACCUCGGCCCCUCGAGCAUCGCUCGAGAUCGCAAGUGGCUAAGUAAGACAGGUAUCACAAUGCUACUGGCCGCACGAGAUUCCCAGAUGGCUGUCAUGCACCUAAUGGCACCCAGUAAGGUGGCGCAAGAACUCGGCAUCCAGCUCGAAUACGUUGAUGUUUCUGGUUAUAAUGAGCUCAUUCGCGCCUUUCCCGCGGCUGUUCGAACCAUCAAUGACCACAUGCUAAAUGUUUUCCGUCGACAACGUAUUAGCAAUACGCAGAUGCAGGUUGAGGAUGGGAAAAUGGCAAUUCCCCACGACAAGUUCCAAAGAGGAAAAGUUUUAGUUUUCUGCGAAACAGGAAACGAUCGUUCUGCUGGCGUUGUUGUGGCCUACCUCAUGUCUGUUUUCGGAAUGAGUAUGAUUGAAGCUUGCCAAUUUGUCCACUUCAAGCGCUUCUGCGUCUGCCUAAACGACGAUCUUAGGUUCGUUCUCAAAUCGUAUGAGGAUCUACUUUCCGCACAACGUACUGUGCACCGACAUGAGCUCGAUAGUGGUUCAACACAAACAAACGGUACCUCAAGCAAUGUACACAAACUGAAGAGAGGCAUCGAAGCCACUUUUGACGAAAAUGAGGAGAUGGGGGAACCUGGUGAGCUCAAAGCACUAGAUAAUGAUCGCUUUUUAGACCGCGAAAGAUUUGUUCCAUUCGUUGACAUGGUGGAUGAUGACAUGGAAGAAGGACCCAGUUAGUAUGGUCCUAGACCAGUCAUCACGCAAGUUACUUGAUUGAUUUUAUAGGAGCAUACAUCAAGCAUCAGGUUGAGGGUGGCAGGCGGCAUGGUUGGCUUCAUCAAGCUAUAAUGAUUAGCAACGGCGUACUGGAUGGCAUAUACCCAUGCUACUGUUUUUUGGAGGUUUGACGGUUGGUAGUCACAUAGGCGGGACAAUGGUACAAAAGUUACUAAUAGUGUGUUAUAACCAUAACAAAAUCACUAAGACACUAUUACUAUUACG